AUGCAGAGACAUAUUGCCUUCUGGCUUUCUUCACUCAUACUGGUAUUGUUCCUUUUCAUUGUCCUCAACUCGUGUAACUCAUGGAACGUGGUCACUCCAGACGCCUCGCUCGUGAUAUCUAUGGGUGCUGAUAUCGCAAGUUAUCCAAACAGGAAUUGUGGAUGUCCCCGUAAAUCGAACCCCCCGAAUAUAUCACAAUCCUUUAAAGUUAGAGCUGGAAUUAAACUUCUAAACGCUGGUUUAUGUGCUUACUCCCUUGUACUCCUAGCUGGAGACGUCAGCCGAAACCCUGGACCUGCCAAUAUCUCUCAAGAUUCGCAGAAUUUUAGUGACAUUGGUUUUCCAAGUAACCGUGGACUUAAAAUUGCUCAUCUAAAUGUAAGAAGCAUAACUAAUAAGAUAGAUUCACUACGCCUUCUUUUACUAAAUAAUCCUUUCGAUGUCCUGACCAUCUCCGAAACCUGGUUAACCAAAAACAUAUCUGAUCCUGAACUAAAUAUUCAAGGUUAUUCCUUUGUCAGAAAUGACCGUAAAAGCAAAAAAGGUGGUGGGUGCAUGAUUUAUAUUCGUGAUGGCUUACCCUAUCGAGCACGGCCUGACUUGCAAGAUGAUAACAUAGAGUCUUGA